AUGGAAAACCAGAAGAAAAAGUCAGGAAGAGGUGAGAGGGAAUUGGGCGAAUUGUGGGCAUUGGUUUGGAGGAAAUCUCUCCGUAUUUGGCAAAUUUCCAAGGCUCCACAUUCCUGGCUAGCAAACACCGUGGAAUCUUUCCAACCAUUUUCUCCCUCUCUUUUCUCCGACUCUCUCUCUCUCUUUUAUCUCUGUCCUCUCUCUUUUUUUUUUCUUUUCUCUUUUUCUCUCUUCAUUCUAAUCUCUCUCUCUCUCUCACUUUUAUCUAUGUCAUUCUUUCUUUCCUCCCUCGUCUCACUCUUACUCCCUCUUAUAUUUCUCAUUCCUACUAUCUAUUUCUCCAUCUCUCUCUCUCUCUCUCUCUCUCGCUAUCGGUAUCUAUCUAUCUGUCUAUGCAUCUAUCUAUCCAUCAAUCUAUCAAUCCAUCAAUCUAUCCAUCAAUCUAUCUAUCCAUCAAAUAAUCUAUCUAUCCAUCUAUCUAUCCAUCAAAUAAUCUAUCUAUCCAUCUAUCUAUCCAUCUAUCCAUCCAUCUAA